CUUUCACAGAUCAUACAAACAUCUUUAAGUGAUAAGAAUGAAGCUGUUUAUUUUGUUGGUGUUUGUAAUGGCAGCGGAUGCUCUUGAUUCGUGUUACACAAACCAAGAACGUAAAAACAUUGCAGAACUACAAAAUCACAUCCUGGCUUUCACAAAAUCUGUCGACUCUUUGAAAACUGGACUUAAAUCGAAAUUUACUGUUUGGAAUGGUGGAUGUAAAAAUGGUUGGAAGCCUUUCCGGGAUCAUUGUUAUCAUUUAGUUCAAGACAAGAAAACAUGGUUUGAAUCAGAGAGAUUUUGCAAGAAAGAAGGCUCGUCUUUGGUUAACGUUAAUGAUAUAGACGAAAAUAACUGGUUACAGUCACAGUUCAAAGGCGCGUCAAACUUUUGGCUUGGUAUUACUGAUGGAGACUUGAAACAUUGGAUCAAUACAGUUGAUUAUGCUCCGACUAAAUAUUUCCACUGGGCAUCUGGCGAGCCAGGAAAUGUAAAUGAAAAUUGUGCUAUGCUCAUAACAGCCGAUGGUAAAUGGCACGACUUCCCAUGCGGCACACAACUUUGUCCUUUUGUGUGCAAGAAAAAUGUUAGGUGUGUACUUUUUCCAUUUCAAGAAUAUCAGCUGCGCUACUUUAAAAUUCCUUAUUUGAUUUGA